GCGGGUGGCGGCGUCCCCAACGUUGCAGCAGCGUCGCCACCAGCACCAGCACCAACAUGCGGCUGCCCGCUCGUCGCGCAUGCGCACUCGCCGCACGGGGCUGGUCAGCGUAGUGGCCGCGGCGGCAGCGGCGGCCGCCUCGCUCUCCACCAGGCACAUGGGGCAGAAGCACAGCAUGUGCCCCAUCAACGGAUGCAACAGACAUUCCUACAAAAGUGAGUGUCUUCUCCAGUCGUUACACUGCCUGCACCUGCGCACGGCGGCCGAGGAGACGAGGAUGACGGCGGAGACGGCGCCCAGCGCGGUGGCGCCGCCGGGCGCCGAGGCGGCCAAGCAGCAGUACUACGACCCCGAGUACGCGCGCAUGGAGGCCUGGCUCGACGAGCACCCGGACUUCGCGCACGACUACUUCCUGCGGAAGGCGACGCGGCAGGUGGUGGACGCGUGGCUCGUGGCGCACGCGACUCCCACGCCGAGCAGCGCCGAGACGCUGACGUCGCCGUCGCACGGGGCGCCGUCGCGCGCCGGCUCGGGCGCCACCACGCCCGUGCGCAAGAUCUCGGCGCACGAGUUCGAGCGCGGCGGCCUGCUCAAGCCCAUCGUCAACACCAUCGACGGCACGCCCACCUUCCUGUCGGAGGAGGGCAGCGGCACCACCGUCGGCGUCUCCGGCGGCUGCAUCGGCAGCACCGGCGGCCGCUCCCAGCGCCGCUCCCGCCACGAGCUCAGGCACCUCGACGAGAAGGAGCUCAUCUUCGAACUUGUGAAGGACAUCUGCAACGAGCUAGACGUGCGGUCGCUGUGCCACAAGAUCCUGCAGAACGUGAGCAUGCUUCUGCACGCGGACCGCGGCUCGCUGUUCCUGGUGCAGGGCUGCGCCAGCAAGCGCUACCUCGUCUCCAAGCUGUUCGACGUGUGCUCGCGCUCUACGCUGCAGGAGAUGGAGAAGAAGGACGAGAUCCGCAUCCCCUGGGGCACCGGCAUCGUCGGCUUCGUCGCCGAGAGCGGCGAGCCCGUCAACAUCCCCGACGCCUACAAGGAUGACCGUUUCAACCACGACAUAGACGUGCUGACGGGCUACAAGACGAGGACGUUGCUCUGCAUGCCGAUCAAGGACUUCACUGGCGAUGUUAUAGGAGUAGCGCAGGUUAUAAACAAGCAAACAGAUACCUGUUUUACAGCCAAUGAUGAAAAAGUUUUUGCAAGUUACCUCCAGUUCUGUGGAAUUGGCCUGCGGAAUGCUCAGCUUUAUGAGAAGAGUCAGUUGGAGGUUAAGAGAAACCAGGUAUUAUUAGACCUGGCACGAAUGAUCUUCGAAGAGCAGAGCACCAUUGAACACAUGGUGUUUCGUAUCCUCACCCACACACAGUCACUCAUACAGUGUCAGAGGGUUCAGGUGUUGCUCGUACAUAGAGCAUCAAAAGGAAGUUUUUCAAGAGUAUUUGAUUUUGAAGCAAAUGACUUAAAUGGAGAGGAUAAUGAUUCAAGAACAAGUCCAUUUGAAAGCAGAUUUCCUAUCAACAUUGGCAUUACGGGUUAUGUUGCCACUACAGGUGAGACUGUCAAUAUUGCAAAUGCUUAUGAAGAUGACAGAUUUGACCCUUCUGUUGACGAAGGCACAAAUUUCAAACAUAAAAGCAUUCUGUGUAUGGCAAUUAAAAAUUCUUCAGGUCAAAUUAUUGGUGUUAUACAGCUCAUCAAUAAAUUCAAUGACCUCGCAUUUACCAAAAACGAUGAAAAUUUUGUCGAAGCAUUUGCAAUCUUUUGUGGAAUGGGUAUACAUAACACCCACAUGUAUGAGAAGGCUAUCAUAGCUAUGGCUAAACAAAGCGUAACACUAGAAGUUCUGAGUUACCAUGCUUCUGCUUCACUUGAGGAUGCACAGAGACUGAAGGAACUUUAUUUCCAGAGCUUGAGGGUACCAUCUGCACAACAUUUCCAGCUGCAUGAUUUCAAGUUUGAUGAUAUCAGUAUGGAUGAUGAUGAUACACUGAAGGCUUGUAUUAGAAUGUUCCUAGAUUUGGAUUUCAUUGAGAGAUUUCACAUUGAUUAUGAAGUCCUAUGUAGGUGGCUACUGAGUGUCAAGAAGAACUAUCGCAAUGUGACAUACCACAACUGGAGGCAUGCAUUCAAUGUGGCACAGAUGAUGUUUUCCAUUAUCACAGCUACACAGUGGUGGAAAAUAUUUGGGGAAAUAGAGUGUCUCUCUCUGAUAAUUGCAUGCCUUUGCCAUGAUCUUGAUCACCGAGGGACUAAUAAUACUUUUCAGAUAAAAGCAUCAUCACCUCUUGCCCAGCUCUAUUCUACAUCGACCAUGGAGCAUCACCACUUUGACCAGUGCCUCAUGAUCCUCAACAGCCCGGGUAACCAAAUACUUGCCAAUGUCUCACCAGAUGAAUACUCGAGGAUUAUUAAAGUUUUAGAGGAUGCUAUAUUGUCUACAGAUCUGGCAGUAUAUUUUAGGAAGCGAGGCACUUUUUUCAGUUUGGUUCAGUCCGGAACCUAUAACUGGAUGCGUGACGAUCACCGAGAACUACUGAGAGGAAUGACGAUGACCGUCUGUGAUCUUGCAGCCAUCACAAAGCCAUGGGACGUAGAGAAGAGGGUGGCAGAACUGGUGUCAAGUGAAUUCUUUGAACAGGGUGAUAUGGAACGUCAGGAACUGAACAUCACACCUAUUGAUCUAAUGAACCGAGAAAAGGAAGACCAGUUGCCCCUAAUGCAAGUUGGAUUUAUAGAUUCCAUAUGCCUUCCAAUAUAUGAGGCUUUUGCAGCCCUGUCAGAUAAACUGGAACCUUUGGUGGAAGGUGUACGACAGAACAGAGUAAACUGGCUGCGACUUGCUGGUGUAUCACAGGAUGAAGACCAUAAUGAACUGGAAGAACUAUAGUUGACGCAGGUCACAAUUUUUCUGUAUUGCCAGGGGCAUGGAGAGUCUUUAAGGAAGACUUACAUGCACCAGUGGAAGUUUUUACAAACCAAAGUUCAAAAGUAGUACAUACUUCAGUUUCUGUGUCUCAUGUGUGUAUGUGUGGAUGUGUAUAUGAGUGAGAAAGAAUGUUUGUAUAAAUGGAUGUUACUGUGUUGGAAGUGGUACCAUUAUUGCCAACCCUUCUGUCUCUAGCAGUUUUUGUAAGUAAAAUUUGUACAGAUUGUGUAAAUUAUAUGUAUAUUUGGUGUACUUUAAUGUAUAUUGCCAUUCCAUUCUGCUGUUUAUUUAUUUAUCAUUUGUUUUGAUGCCAUAACCUAAGACUCAGUAACUGAGUCUUUGAUCAUAGUAUUUCUACUCAGGUUUAACUUUUGAAGUGUCUUGUUAUAGAUGCUUAGUAAUUAAACAAUUAAUUUAAUGCCAAAGGAUACUUGUUUUCAACUUGGAGUAAUGUGUUGUAAAAGAAUUAUUUUCAGUUCCUCUUUGUGCAAUAAUUAUUUCAUCAAUGUGUUUCCCACCAUCUGUUUUUCUGUUUGAAUGCUAUCACCAUUUUUUGUUUUUUUUUAAAUUUGUUCACAUUCAUUUAUCUGGAAAUGUGAGAACAGUUUUGUAUCACUGGACCAACAACUGAUGUAUAUUUUCUAAAAUUUCACAAUUUUUAAUUGAAGUAUUAUUUCAAGUUGGAAUUAACUUUUUAUUUUACAUCAUUUGAUGUAGAAAAUAAAAUAUUUAAAUUAUUGCAGAA